AUGGUAGACAGUGUCAUCCAUUCCGAUGAGCCUCAACAAUUAAAGAAGAGAGUUACCCCGUGGUCGAGCAGUUUUGAGCUGAACAAAAGAGCAGUUUUGUUCAGGCUACAACUGAAUCGGUUAAAGAAUCUGGAGAACCUCAUCGGGGAACUCAACACAGAGGAAAUCGCUAGCCUGACCACAGAUGACAUUGAGGCCCACCAAUGCAUCGUGGAAACCCAAUGGACGAAUUUCUCAUCGUACCACGAGGCACUAAUCGACGGUGUCAUCGAAGACGUCCUCAAUUUUGUGGAGGACGCCUUCCAGCAGGCUCUCAACGCAUAUUCAAAGGCGGUAAAAAAGCUUGGGCGGAUCAUGGCUCAACUUCGAGCUAAGGAACGAGACGAGAUAUCAUCAGGAACAUCAUCAUCGAGUACUCUUCGGAGAAUUGACAUCCCGGAGUUCUCUGGGAAGUACACCGAAUGGAAGGCCUUCUACGAUAUCUUCCUCUCCCUCGUUCACGAGAACCCGAAGAUGGCAGAAGUGGAGAAGAUGUUGAGGCUGAAGGGCGCCCUGAAGGGCCAGGCGGAGGCGCUCAUCAAAAAUAUCGGAGUUGAGGCAGCCAAUUAUUCCAUCGCCUGGAGGAAAUUCAUCGCACGUUACGAGAAUUCGAGGCUCAUAAUGGCAUCUCAUCUGAAUCGGAUCCUCAACAUGGAGCAGCUCAAGGAGAAGUCAACUGCAGGGUUGUUGGCCAUCGUCAACAAUACAACGGAAGCCCUGGAGGCGUUGAAGUCAUUGGGGGCUCCCACCGAACACUGGGACAUCAUCGUGACCCACAUCAUGAGGAGAAUUAUCGACGCAGACACCAGGAAACCCUGGGAGGAGAAACUGGGGGACUCAACACAACUUCUGGAGCUAAAGGCCUUCCUGGAGUUCCUCAAAGCUAGAGCACGCACCUUGAAUAACGUGGAACAGGAGGAGCACAACGGAGCUCCAACGAAGCCAGCACCCAAGCCGAAGCCGACGGUGAAGGUGUACCAGGUGUCAUCAGGGAAAUCAUCGGGGAAAUCAUUAACAACCCCAUCCAGCAAAUCAACGGAGCCUCCAUCAGCCAAAAGGAACUGCAUUGCUUGCGGCGGGCCUCAUUGGAUCGGGGCUGAAUGCCCGAAGUUCAUCUUUUGGAGGCCACAUGAAAGGAAGCAGUUCAUGGAGAGCAACGCCCUGUGCUACAACUGCAUGGGCCCCCACCGAGCACACAAGUGCAAGAGUGACCGGAGGUGCAAGACGUGUCAGGGACUGCAUCAUACGUUCAUCCACAACGCCCCAGUCACAGCAGGACAGUCAACGGUGGACUCAUCAGGAGCCUCGACAUCAUCAAACCCCAACAGAAGCGGUUGA